GCGGAGUUGAGCAUGUAGAAAGCAGAGCUGGGGCGGAAUAAAAGUUGAUACGGCCAUAUUGUCAGUCAGUCAUUCUUUUGAAAAGGCGAUUAAAGCGAAAUAGAAGAAAUUUGUUACGGAUAUCCGCUAAGCAAAAUGGCAGAAGAUCUAGAUGUUGAAGCAAUGCUGGAGGCUCCCUAUCGGAAGGAUGAUGAAAUCAAUGGAAAAUCUAGAGGAAAUGGGGACAUUGGGAAACGUCGUUCUUCUGAAAAGAAAAGAAGAAGUUCCAGUCGUAGCCGGAGGAGUUCCAGUCGAUCGAGGAGAAGUUCGAGCAGAAGUCGGACAAGCAGGCCCAGAGACAGUAGGCGAAGUAGUAGGGACAGAAGAAAAAGUCGAACGCCAGAAAAGAGAAAAAGAUCUCGAGACCGCAAGCGGUCUUCCAAAUCCAAAGAUCGUAGGUCUAAAUCCAGAGAUAGACGCUCCCGGUCUAGGGAUAGAAGAAGCAGGUCCAGAGAUAGAAAGAGGCGUGACAGAAAGAGUCGUAGCAGAGAGCGCAAGGUCAGCCCUAUAAAGAAGCGUUCUCCUUCUCCAAUACCCACAAGACCGAUAUUUCCUAAAAGGGGGCGUUCGUCUCCAAUUGGCGUUCGUAGCACUUCUCCUCUAGAGGAGUUGAGCCCCGAAGAAAGGGAUGCGAGGACGGUUUUUGUAAUGCAGUUGUCUCAGAGGAUACGUGCUAGAGACUUGGAGGACUUUUUUAGCUCAGUCGGUAAAGUGCGUGACGUUAGGAUGAUUGUGUGCAAUAAGACGAGAAGAUUUAAGGGUAUUGCUUAUAUUGAAUUCAAAGAUCCUGAAAGCGUUGCAUUGGCCCUUGGUUUGUCAGGUCAGAAACUCCUUGGAAUACCAAUAAUCGUACAACAUACACAAGCAGAGAAAAAUAGAAUGGGUAACUCAAUGCCAAAUCUUAUGCCCAAAGGAAUGACAGGUCCAAUGAGAUUAUACGUGGGAUCUCUGCAUUUCAAUAUAACGGAAGAAAUGUUGAGGGGUAUUUUCGAACCAUUUGGUAAAAUAGAUAGUAUUCAACUUAUACAGGAUCCAGAAACUGGAAGAUCAAAGGGCUACGGGUUCAUCACGUUCCAUAACUGUGAUGACGCAAAGAAAGCUUUGGAGCAGUUGAACGGAUUUGAGUUGGCCGGCCGCCCAAUGAAGGUAGGAAAUGUUACAGAGAGGCUUGAUUUGCAGCAACAGGGCCCUUCGAUCUUAGAUUCUGACGAACUUGAUAGGUCAGGUAUAGAUCUGGGAGCUACGGGUAGGCUGAAGCUCAUGUUCAAACUGGCCGAAGGAGCCGGAAUGCAAGUUCCUCAAGCCGCUGCCAACGCUUUGAGCAUGGCAACAGGACAGCCAGUUGUACCUCAAAUACAGACACAUUCAACGCCGCCCAUUGCCACCCAGUGUUUCAUGUUGAGUAAUAUGUUUGACCCGGCAAGUGAAUCCAAUCCACACUGGGAUAUUGAAAUAAGAGACGAUGUCAUUGAAGAAUGCAACAAACACGGAGGUGUGCUUCAUGUUUAUGUUGAUAAAGGAUCUCCACAAGGAAAUGUUUACGUCAAAUGCCCUUCGAUAGCAACUGCUGUAGCGUCAGUUAAUACUUUACACGGACGGUGGUUUGCUGGCCGGGUGAUAACUGCUGCCUAUGUACCGCUACUCAACUACCAUUCACUGUUUCCUGAUGCGAUGACUACUACACAGUUAUUGUUACCAUCUGGUAGGAAGUGAUUCCACACCAUGGAAUGUGUUUUCAAUUGUACCAAUAUUGAUUUAAGUUUGUAGAUAAACUAUUUUAUAUUCUGAAUAAGUAUUCAGAUUUACUUAAUUUUUAAGAUUUGUGUAAUAUAGUUCUUUCUAAGAAAAAAAAAUCAAAUUCUUAA